AUGGCCACAGAAUCCAGGAUGGUCGACAUUCCUUUAUGCAGCCCCACAGCCGGUGCCAAAGCCGAAUUGCCGGGUGUACCUAGGGUAAAAUAUAAACUGGGUUUUGACAGUUAUGCAUUAUAAUAUUUAUAGCUGAGAUUUCGCGACUUCAAGUUCCAACAGCGUCAUAUUUGUGUAGCCAUUUCCAUUGCCGCAGGGCUUCUUUUUAUUGGAGUAAUUGUUGGGCUGGUCUUGACAAGGACAUUUGGGAGGAAAUACGUUGAAGAUGCCGCUUUCCUGAAUCAAGAUAUCCAUUGGCAGCACACUUGUGAGCCAAAGUGUUCCGGAAAGUGGGUGUCUUAUGUCAUCACAGUUACUUUUAAGAUUUUAAUUAAUUUGCAAUUUAUUCUAGGUUUGAUGUGCCCCCAUUAUUACUGAUUAGUCUUGAUGGAUUUCGAGUUGAAUACCUAACACGUCAGCUGACUCCAGCCAUCUCAAAAAUACUUCAGUGUGGAAGUAAUGCCACUUAUAUGUAUCCAACUUUCCCCUCCAAAACCUUCCCCAAUCAUCUGGCCAUUGUCACCGGGUUAUAUCCAGAAAGUCACGGGAUUGUGGGAAGCCAUUUCAUGGAUUUUAAUAUCUCCCAGGAACCAUUUACUCCUAGAACAAGGAAUCCAGUAUGGUUUAACGGGGAACCUGUGAGAUCUUUGACAUUUUUGAUGACCAAAUUGUUAUUCAAAUGUUUGCAAAAAUCAUUUCAGAUCUGGAAUACAGCCAAAAAGCAUGGCAAAAAAUCGGCGACGUUCUUCUGGCCCGGAUCUGAGGUCUACAUUAACGGCGGGAGACCGACUUUCAUCGUGAAUUACAAUAGUUCCAUCGCCUUUUCGAAACGAGUAGAUCAGGUAAAGACAGUAAAGUAG